UCCCUCCUUUCCUGCCUUAAAAUCCUCCCCAUUGCCUCCACCAUUUCACAAACCUCCUCUUCUCUUCUCUCAAGUUCCCAAAGCUCAAGCCAUGAAGAGAAGUAGAAUUAUAGAAUAGAAAGAGAUGGAAGGAAACUUGCAACAGGUUGACAACAAUGCUAAUAAUCCGUCUCUUGCUGCCGUUGGUGUUGAUGAUUCGAAGGAGGAGGAGGAGCAUGCGAGGGUGGUUGGACCGGGUUCCGACCGGUCGAAGAGGGACGAGUGGAGCGAGGGGGCGGUGGCGAGCCUCUUGGACGUGUACGAGGCCAAAUGGGUGCUCCGGAACCGGGCCAAGCUCAAGGGCCAUGAUUGGGAGGACGUGGCCCGAGUCGUCGCGGCCCAAUCCGGUUCGGCCCGGCCGGCCAAGACGCCGACCCAGUGCAAGAACAAGGUGGAGUCCAUGAAGAAGCGGUACCGGUCCGAGUCGGCCGCUGGGGGCAGGUCUAGGUGGCCGCUCUUCGCCCGGCUCGACGGUCUGGUCCGGUGCCGGUCCCCGACCACGGCUUUGGUCUCGGUCGACCGGCCACCGGGGAGACCCGCUCCGUCAUCGCACUCGCCGGAGCCUAACGUGGCAGCGGUGGCAAAGCAGGCUGAAUGUGAAGAAACCAAAGGCAAGGAACAUGUCAAUGAGAUUCACAAGGAGCAUUGCAACAUGCAACCAUAUGAUCCUUGUGAUGGAAAACAAAAAAUAAAUGAUAGGAAGAAGAGGAGGAUGAGGGAGAGGGAAGAGAAAGAAAGCUGGAAGGUGAUGGAGAGCAUACAAUGGCUAGCUGAAGUGGCAUUGAGGGUAGAGCAAGGGAGAAUGGAAGCUAUGAGGGAGGUAGAGAGAAUGAGGGCCCAAGCAGAGGCAAAGAAAGGAGAGAUGGACUUGAAGCAAACUGAGAUCAUUGCCAACACUCAGUUGCAGAUUGCAAAGCUCCUGGUUGGGAAAGAUGAUAAUGUUGAUUCGUCUUUGAGAAUUGGGAGGGGUAAAUGAAAGUUCUCAUAUAGAGGUGUUUGGAUUCUUCUAUAGUAAUGUUCCUGAAACUAUAGUAUCUGUUCAAAUCAUCUACUAAGCUGAUGCUGAAAUGUUACAAACAACUUUAAGAAAUUAGCUA